UUUUGAAAAACGUGUUCCUGUCAGCUGCAGGAAGGUGAAGUGUUGGUCUCUGCGCUGUGUGUAGUUUAUCAGUAGCAACGCUAUAUUUGCUGUAGUUUGUGAAGUUUGGUUAUUUUUUUUGUAUAAACCCGAGCUGAGGCGGGGGUUCAGGCCGGGUUCUGAGCGCGGUGAGGCGGGGGGUCAGGCCGGGUUCUGAGCGCGGUGAGGCGGGGGUUCAGGCCGGGUUCUGAGCGCGGUGAGGCGGGGGUUCAGGCCGGCUGUGGGGCAGGAUGACCGCGGCAGCAGCGCGGCUGGAGAACGCGAACCCGCUGAUCUUUCAGCGGGCUGGGGAGAGAGCUCUGACCGCCGUGGAGGAGGACGAGACUGUGGCGGACCCUAUCGAUGAUCGGGAAAUAUUCGAUCUGAUUAGGUCCAUUAACGACCCAGAGCACCCUCUGUCCCUCGAGGAGCUGAAUGUCGUGGAGCAAGUGCGUGUGAAUGUGGACGAUCAGGAAAGCACAGUCUCGGUGGAGUUCACACCAACCAUCCCUCACUGCAGCAUGGCGACUCUCAUCGGACUUUCAAUCAAAGUCAAACUGCUUCGCUCACUUCCAGACAGGUUUAAGAUUGAUGUUCACAUCACACCUGGCACACAUGCCUCAGAGGAUGCAGUGAAUAAGCAGCUCGCUGAUAAGGAGAGAGUAGCUGCUGCACUGGAGAACUCACAGCUGCUGGAGGUGGUCAACCAGUGCCUUUCUACAAAACCAGUCUAACCAGUUCAGUGUUGAGCCGUUUUUUCUGCAGUAGAAGAGCUUCUUGACUUCAUUUCUCUUGUGUUGUUCUGUUGACCUGCUUACCUGCUGCCCUGCAUCUCCGGCUCCAUCUGAGGAACACAUUUCAUAUCAGUCUUCCUGAUGAAUUUACUGCACGCAGGUGUUUACUCUGCUUCACUGAACACUGCUUAACAAACACACUCACCACUGAUGUGGGAUUGUGGGAUAACGAUGGAACAGGAACAAGAUUACUGUUAACACGUGUUUGCACGUGCUCAGGUAAUCACAAGUUUCAUGAGUUUUCCUUGGCUAAAAAGAGUAUUUGUAUUUUUGCUUUGGUAAUAUAUUGUUACAGAAAUUAUUGCCAUAAACAAAAUUGUCAUUUUAAGAUCAUCUUCUGUCCCAGAUAUAAUGCCAUGGUGGAAUUUGUAUGUACAAAUGUUUAAACAUCUUUAAUAGAUCAGUAUUUAGUUUGGACUUUUUUUCAUACAGAAAGUCUUAAACAUAGAAGUCAUCGUAAAGAAUACAUGUAUUGUACUGUUCUGCAGGAGUCUGAAACAAAUGCUAUAUUGUAUUAAAUAGUUUUAUGAGGCUUUCUACUGCUUUCUGUAUGUCUAGUAAUAUAUGUAAUGUUCUGAUCCUAAGUGCUUACAAAAAGAGGUUCCAUGAACAAUAAAGUUACUUUCUUACUAAACAUAAGCCUUGGGUCAAUAAACAGUAUUAUUGAAUACUGCAAUAAUGAACCUAGCAAAAAUAUUAAGUGCAUUAUCUUACAUACCAUAACAUUGUGAAUUUUUUUGGUCGGUUCCACAGCACAUUUCAUUUCGGUUUUGAUUUAGUGUAAAAAUAAAAAACGUGUUGGUGCAGGUGCAUGUAGCUGUAACAAAAUAAUGUAAUUCUGAAAUAUUGCAAUAAAUAAACACAAAAAGUUGCAGUGAUGUA